AUGUUAUUCCCUCAGAGCAACGGCGGCUCUUCCGCCGCCGCGAGCCCUCAGCAGCAGCUCGCCGAUGCGCUCCAGGACCUAGCAAAGAAGAGAAAUACACCGACCACAGCAAUCAGCAAUCUGUUGUCGCCAUGCUUCUACCACCAGAGAUUCGACGAUGCUGUCGAUUUUGAAAAGGUCCUGGACGAGAUCAAGAACGACGAGUCCAUGUCGCACUCUCGCUUGGUCCAGACCGCGACAAGUGUCCGCGAAAUCUCCAAGCAACUUCAGCGCCGCCCUGUCAAGCGCGCAGUGCGCAAUGUCAUGAUUGUCACCAAGGCACGGGAUAACCAGCUUGUCUACCUGACGCGAGAGUUGACAACGUGGCUUUUGCAAACCCCCCGAUAUGGGUCCGACGUUGGCGUCAACGUUUACGUGGACGCCAAGCUGCGCAACUCUAAGCGAUUCAACGCCGCUGGCAUUGUCGCUCAAGACGCGCGAUUCGAGACCAUGCUCAAGUACUGGACUCCAGAUCUGUGCUGGAGCCAGCCCGAGAAAUUCGAUCUGGUCCUCACCCUUGGAGGUGACGGCACUGUCCUCUUUACCUCGUGGCUCUUCCAGCGCAUUGUGCCCCCAGUCCUCUCAUUCAGCUUGGGCAGCCUUGGCUUCAUGACGACAUUCGAGUUUGAGAACUACAAGAAGCACCUUAACCGCGUGAUGGGAGAUGAUGGUAUGAAGAUCAACCUCCGCAUGCGCUUCACCUGCACCGUGUGGAGAGAUGGAUCAAACGGUCCUGACGAGGGCGAGCAGUUUGAAGUUCUCAACGAGCUUGUCAUUGACCGCGGCCCAUCGCCAUAUGUCUCGAACCUGGAGCUAUACGGAGAUGAUGAGCUCCUGACAGUUGUCCAAGCUGAUGGGUGCAUCUUUUCCACCCCUACUGGUUCGACUGCCUACUCCCUCUCGGCUGGUGGUUCCCUCGUCCACCCGGAUAUCCCUGCCAUCCUCCUGACUCCCAUCUGCCCACACACGCUCUCAUUCCGCCCCAUGGUUCUCUCCGACACCAUGGCGCUUCGUGUUGCCGUCCCGCGCAACUCUCGAGCCACCGCGUACUGUGCUUUCGAUGGCAAGGGACGCGUGGAGCUUAAGCAGGGUGAUCACGUUACCAUCACGGCAUCUCAGUAUCCCUUCCCAACUGUCACCCGAACCGACACGGAAUGGUUUGACAGUGUCAGCCGCACUCUGCGAUGGAACGUUCGAGCCGCUGCUCAGAAGCCUUUCGAUGCAUCCGGCAUUUCACCUGAUGGUGAUGAUGACAAUGACGACAGCUGGGAUAUCGACACUGAUAGCGCAUACUAUGCGAGCGAAGAGGGCAGCACUGCCGCCAGCCCCGUAAGGAGGCAAAUGAGCAUGCUGGGCAUGUGA